AUGUUUAUUUGUGGUCUAUAUCGAAGUGUCCUCCAUAAAGAACGAAGGCAUCGUCGUUCUGCGCAACAUCAAUCGGUUGUCGAUACGAAUACGAGUGAUCAUGAAGAUGUUGAUGAAGCUCAAGAGCAGCAGAAACCAUCUUCAAUUUUGGAUAAUGGUGUUGUACUUAAUGAGAUUUAUGGUAAUGGUGAUGAUUAUUUGUAUUGUGCAUGGUGUAUGAAAACUGGUGUUAUAAUGGUACAAUUAACAUUACUAGAAUGUAUGGCACUUCUUUUGGAUCAUGGUAUAUAUACUUCUCGUAAUGCUCGUCGAUGCACCAACAAUUGUUGCAGAACACCCCGAAAACGUCCUCAUGAACCGACUAAUCUAUCGAGUGAACUGGCCAUUGAUCUUAUUAAUGAUCUCAUUACCGAAUUAUCACGCGUCAAGGUUGCACCACUUCUUUCGGAAAAUGACAUCAUCUUGACCGAAGAAGAUUACAUCAAUUGGACUGGAUGGACAUUACAACAACUAAAUAAUAUGACAUCAAUCGUUGCUCCUCAUAUGUAUUCAUCAAAAUAUCGAACACCAUUCGAAGCUGUUUGCUUAUUUUGGGUAAAAUUAAAAACAAAUCUAUCAUUUCGACAGAUUGGAACGCUAUUUAAAAUAUCAACAUCGGAAGAUAGUAUCCGACGUCGUGUUGAAGAUACAUUUCAUGCUAUUUCGACCUAUCUCAACAAUACGAUUGUCUCUUCUCAUCUCGGUCUGAAUCAUUUAAGUCGUAUUGAAGCACUUAGUCAUCAUACGGCUUAUUCAAAAAUGUUUUUUGGGAAUCGAUUGGCUAUUAUAUGGGAUGGCACUUAUGUGUUUUGUCAUAAAUCAAAUGAUCAUAAAUGA